CACACAGUCUCCAGUUAGCUUAGAGCUUGAUGAAACUGAAGAAAGUUGAUACGAUGCUAAAAAGCUCCCACAAGGUGCAGCCCCAGACCUGUCAGGUGAUGCACAUUUCAUCAUGGGCAAAAGCUGAAGGUCAUUUGACCCAAAUACAGCUGUGUAGUGCAAAACACCUUCAUUGUCCUGGACAGCACAAGGUCUCUAGAAAAAGCUGGGCUGCCAAUGAGCUCUCCAGUUCAUGUGUCCUGCAGUCCUCUGAAAGGACUGCUGUGAGGGCCAAGCAGGGAACCAUCACUGUGUCUGCCUGGGAGGACUCCUGAAAACCAGCACCUGAAGCUGCAUCACAGGCUCCCUGAGGCAGACACCACCAAAGACUGGCGACAUGCACAGGAUGUCUGAAACAACGAGCACCAAUGUGGAGAAUAAACAUCUUUUGAAUGGGAGAAGAGCCAUCCCACCAAACUACUCCAAUGAUGAAGAAAAUGAGGUUCCUGAGAUGGAAGCUUUUGGAUUGAUACCUAGAGGAUUUAAUCCUAGAGAUUACCUGAGUGUUGUGGAUAUUUAUAUGUUCAAGGAGCCUCACGAGAUCAACAAGCAGGAGCACCACACUGACAAGUACUACAACCCCAAGCUGAUAGUGCGUCGAGGACAGGCUUUCCAAAUCCAGAUUGAGUUCAACCGACCCUACAAGCCAGAGUCAGACCAAUUCUGGCUGGAGUUUUUGAUGGGUCGCUACCCACAGCAAAACAAAGGCACCUACAUCCCAAUCCUAGUAGGCAAUGUGCUAAAACCUGGCCAGUGGGGAGCCAAGAUUAUCCACAGGGAAAACAACUCCAUUCGGCUGUCCAUCAUGUCCUCUACCACCUGCAUCAUUGGGAAGUUUCGCUUGUAUGUUGCUGUCUUGACUCCCUUUGGCAUCUUUCGGACACGCAGGAAUUCAGCGACUGACACUUACAUCUUGUUCAAUCCCUGGUGCCAGCUGGAUGCUGUGUACCUUGAUGACGAGAAAGAAAGGGAAGAAUAUGUCCUGAAUGAUGUUGGCAUUGUAUUCCAUGGAAACGUCGAAGAUGUAAAAUCAAGAAGCUGGAGUUACGGGCAGUUUGAAGAAAAUGUUCUGGAUGCUUGCCUGUUCCUGAUGGACAAGGCAGAACUGGAGCUCUCUGGUCGUGGAAACCCAAUCAAAAUCUGCCGUGUUGCCUCAGCAGUGAUUAACUCCAGGGAUGACAACGGUGUGAUUGCUGGAUCCUGGAACAAUACGUACGAUUAUGGUGUGGCACCUUCAGCCUGGACGGGAAGUGUGGACAUUCUCUUGGAGUACUACAGUUCUAAGCAACCUGUCCGAUAUGGCCAGUGCUGGGUUUUUGCUGGUGUCUUCAACACAUUUCUGAGAUGCUUGGGAAUACCUGCAAGACUCAUUACCAACUACUCUUCUGCCCAUGAUAACAAUGCAAAUUUACGGAUGGACUUCUUUCUGGAUGACGAAGGAAAAGUGGACACCAGACUUACAAAAGAUUCUAUCUGGAAUUACCAUUGCUGGAACGAAGCUUGGAUGACCAGACCUGACCUUCCUGUUGGUUUCGGAGGAUGGCAGGUUGUGGAUGGGACACCUCAAGAAACCAGUGAUGGUAUGUACAGGUGUGGUCCAGCCUCAGUUCAAGCCAUUAAACAUGGUCACGUUUGUUUCCAGUUUGAUGCUCCUUUUGUCUAUGCUGAGGUGAAUAGUGAUAUUUUUUACACAAGGAUGGAGAAAAAUGGAACCCAAGUGGUAGAAAACAUUGACACAACCCGUAUUGGGCAGUUGAUUGUAACCAAGGAAGUUGGAGGCGAUGGAAUGGUGGACAUUACUGAGGAGUACAAGUUCCGAGAAGGUUCAGAUGAGGAGAGGCUGGCUCUUGAGACUGCUGUGAUGUAUGGUGUUAAAAAGCAAAGUAUCCAAGAUACCACAUACCAGCCACAGACAGAUGUUGACAUGGACUUCCAAGCGCAAAAGGCAGUCCUUGGCAAUGACUUUAAAGUCACUAUAACUUUCAGGAACAAGAGUCGCAACUCCUACACUGCAACUACCUACUUUUCGGGCAACAUAGUGUUUUAUACAGGAGUCACAAAAAGUGAAUUCAAGAAACACUCUUUCAGUGCAAAACUGGAACCCUCUUCAUCCAGCUCUUUCGACAUUGUGAUCAAAUCGAGUGAGUACAUGAGUGACCUGCUGGAGCAAGCCUCCUUUCAUUUCUUUGUGACUGCACGGAUCAAUGAAACAGGGAAGAUUCUGGCUGUGCAGAAGGCGAUUAUGCUGGAAAUUCCCACCCUGCGGAUCAAGACCAAAGGUGAACUGGUAGCUGGUAAAGAAACGUCUGUGAUUGUGGAAUUCACCAAUCCUCUGAAACAAACCCUGGAGAACGUCAUACUCCGCCUCGAGGGACCUGGUCUGCUGAGAACAAUAAAAAAGCAGUUCGGGAGAAUCCCAAUGAAUUCUACAUUGACCUGGGAAGUAAAAUUUACCCCAAUGCGACCAGGUUUAAGGAAGCUGAUUGCAAGCCUGAAUUCUGAUGCUUUGAGGCAUGUGUAUGGUGAGCUGAAUGUCCAGAUUCAGAAACCAUGAACCAAGGUGCUGCCUUCUUCUCUCAUUUAGCUAUAUUUAAAAAUAUCAUGGUAAGGGGUGGCUGAUGGAGAGGUAUAAAUCUGCUUAUUGUUAUUUUGGUCAUCCUUCUGCUGAAAAAAAUUGAUAAAGCAAACUAAUUGGUAUGACUGCAGAGGGCAUAAAAAAAAGCACCUGGAUGCUGAAUGAUUUAAAAUUAGCUAUAUGUAAUUAAAGGCAAUUCUAGGUCAUAUUAUUCCUGUAGCUCACUUGUAUUUAUGGUCUUUUGCAUUAGUGCUGCAAGGGAAUUUGGGAAGCUCCAUUUGCCAGAGUAAUCUGAACUUAAGUUUUAAUUAAGGCCUGGUAUUUCACUGAAAAAAGAAGGGAAAAAAAUAAAGAACCCAGUGUUAUAAAUUCUUAGACUGAAUUACACAAUGUUAUGGUAGGUCAUUCAGGCUGCAAUAGAAACAGGUAUUUCUAGCUAAAAGGAUCUGCUUUAUGCUACAAAUUAAUAAUGUUCUGGUGCGUGCAGAGCUCACUUUGCUAGAAGCAUCUCUCAGGUUGUUUUAUCUCCAGAAUAUUCUCAGCUCCUUGUUUUGUCUUGCAGCUUCCCUGUGCUUUUUCUCCUACUCUGUCAUGUGUGCAGGCAAGCAUACAGACUCACUUCUUACCCUCAUCAGACCCCAUAUGCAGUUGUAUGCUGUUCCUCUACUUUGCUGGCAAAAAUCCAGAGUUUCUCUGCCUCUGCUCAGACUUUAUCCCACAAAACCUGCACUUGCUGGUCAUAUCUCUUGUGUAAGAUGUGUUCUCUCUUCACCCUUCUCUGUCUUUUUUUCUCUCCUGAACCCACCCUGUAGAUCCAUCUCCCACAUGAGUGUGUCAGGAGAUGCCUUCCUUCCCUUCUGCUCCUCUUGUUGCUGCACAUUGCCUGCAGUACCUCCUGCAAGACCUGUAACCAGAUGUUAAAGUGUUGGGAGAGGAGAAAUGCAGCUGCUCUUUUUACUGAAGUGUGGGAAACAAAGCAAAAAUUCAUACCACCUCAUAUAGUAUAGAAGUACCCCAGGAUCCAGGAAAACCAGAUUUUUGGGGGCUUUCAUUUCAGGAAUGGACACAUCCUUAUUUUAUACAGCUUAUGUGACCACAUCAGAAACUUGGCCAUGUCAAAGUCCUGUGGGGUAAAGAGACUGAACAAUGUGUUAUCAGGGCAAGGUGACACUCUCUGUUGGGUAAUUAAGCAGUCUUAACAAGCUCUACAUCUUCUAAUAAAAUUAUCUAUUUUGUGCUCUUGCAUAUAAACCUGCUUUCUAUUCCAGGCAUUUUAUAAAUACACUGUAAUAAGAAUGCAAAAUAAAGUGUGUCUGAUUACA